AUGGCAACGUUCAGUGAGCUAUUCACGCCAUUGCCCGCAUUCCGCACGGCCGUUUGCCACGAGCAUGGAAUUGUGGUGACGGCGCGGUCGGUUGCGUCGCAUGUCAAUUCGCGGCACCGCCAUUUGGCCGCCCGGGUUCGCCAGCGGAUCAUGGCCGAGGCGUUAGCGUUACGGGACGACGGUUCGUUGGCCGCCGAUACGAACAAUAUCCGAUUCCCCGACGAGGUGAUCCCGGCGAUCGACGGGUUACCCGUGUGGAGCGACGGCAAGAAGUGUAUCGAGUGCGGGUAUAUACAGCGUGGGAGGAAGCAUAUCCAGAAGCAUUGCCGGUCGGAGCAUGGUUGGACCAACCCGCGGAAACGCGGCGGCAAGCCCGGGGCCCAGCAGGCAGGCGGGUUAGGCGAGGUAUGGGUGGAUGGGGUGCAUUGCCAGCGGUUCGGGCAGGCCGGUGUAUUGCAGCGGUUGUUUGAGGUGACGACGCCGGCCCACGCGGGCGCAAGCGGGAGCAGGGGAGAGACAGCCGACUUUGAAGCCGCCAUCCGGGCCGAGUUCGAGGCGGCGGCGCGGGCCAUCAAGGAGAAGGACGAGGCGGCAGCGGCGCUGAUCGGCGACCAGUCGAGGUUGUCGGCCAACAUGUGGGUGGGGCGGACGGGGUGGCCGCGGCAUUUGCGUGGGUUUGACCGCGAGUGGUUGGCAACGACUAUACUGGCGGCUCGUGGUGGAGAAGGAGGAAGAAGUAGAGGAGGGGGACUGGGGAGGGGAACGGGGAGGGGGGGCGGAGAGGACGGAGAGGCUGGAGAGGAGGUUGGAGGCCAGGGUGGGGAUAGGAAUAGAGAUGGCAGGGCCCGCAGCGAAGCCGCGUUAGCCGUCGUAUUGUUGGCCGUGGAAAGGGUGAUUUGGCGGGCGCAGAAGGCGUCGCAGGUCGAGGUGGUCGGGUCGGCGUCGGUGAAUUACAUCGAACGGCGGGAGGUUGGCGGCGAGGCAAACGAGAAGCCGUUCAACGCGGCCCAGAAGGGUACGACGAUGGCCAAGUAUAGCGAGUCGUGGAAAUUGCUGAUGGCGUAUUUAUGGCGGACGUGGCGUUUAGAGCCGGUUGACCAGGGGGACGAGGACGAGGGCGAGGAGGGAGGGGGGGGAGGGGAGGGAGGGGGAGGGGAGGAGGACAACGGACACGACGGA